CUCGGGGCGAAGGCGGAGCCGGAUCCGCAGAAUCCCCGCCCUCAGGUUGUGAGGAGGCAUCCGGACGCCCCCAUGAUUUGCAUAGCCCCUGGGACGUGGCGCGGCCAGCAGGCCACUUCCAAGUCGGGGGAACUCCAAGUCCCAGAAUGCUGUGGGACGGGUGCGUCACUUCCGUUGUGUUGGAGGUGCUGGGCAAUUGAGAUGUCCCAAAUGGAGCUGGCUUUGGACCCUGGUGACCAGGACCUGUUGGGUUUCCUGCUAGAGGAAAGCGGACAUUUGGGGGGUGCGUCCUGUGAGGCCCAGGAGGCUCAGCUGGAUUGGGAGCUGCCUCCCUCCCAGGAACUGAGCGACUGGGAGGUGGAUUUGCUGAGCUCUCUGCUGAGUCCCCCGUCAUCACUGAAUUCUGUCGACUCCUCUAAAAUCUGUCCUGUCCACCACGAUCACACCUACUCUCUCUCACAGGAACAUGGCUCCUUAGAUUUGGGUAGUGGGAGCUGUGGAAUGGUGAAAACCCACAUGACUCCAAGUCAUUUGGAGGAGCCGGCAGAGCAGGAGACUGCCAAGUUGCUGCUGACGGAGGAGGAGGAGAGGCUAUUGGAGAAGGAGGGGCUUGCUCUGUCUGGAACACUUCCUCUUACUAAGAUGGAGGAACAAGUUCUCAAACGAGUGCGGAGGAAGAUUCGAAACAAGAGGUCCGCUCAAGAGAGCCGAAGGAAGAAGAAGGUGUAUGUGGGGGGUCUGGAGAGCAGGAUUUUGAAAUAUACAGCUGAGAACCUGGAGCUGCAGAACAAAGUACAGCUUCUGGAGGAAGAGAAUCUGUCCCUUCUAGAUCAGCUGAGGAAACUCCAGGCCAUGGUAAUUGAAAUAUCUAACAAAACCAGCAGCAGCAGCACCUGUGUCCUGGUCCUUCUAUUGUCUUUCUGCCUCCUCUUUGUACCUGCCAUGUACUCCUCUGACAUGAGGGGCAGCCUGCCAGCUGAGGAUGUUGUGCUGUCCCGCCAGCUUCGUUCCCUCCCCAGUGAGGACCCUCCCCAGCGAGAGCUGCCUGUACAGUCAGAGGUACCAAAGGACAGCAUGAAUCAGUGGCAGGACAGUUCAGACUAUGUGCUGCAGCCCCCUGGCAACUGUUCCUACCUGUUGUAUGACAUGCCUUGGCCUUCUCAAGCUGAGCCUCCCCAGCAGUGGCCACUCCUUGACCUCUGGUCAGAGGCCCUCUGCUCAGGUCUCAUGCUUCACCUGCAGGCCAAUCUCACAAGAAAGGAGAAAUGGCUCCCUAACCACAGCCCUCCGUCUGUCGUCUUGCAGGGAAGAUACUCAGGUUAGACAUGAGGCUAUAGGGUAUCUCAGUUACAGCUUAAGUGCCCCCUUAAGCUGUCUGAGAGACUGAGGACUGAGAGAAGGUUGGCCUUCAUUCCCAUGCUGUUAGGAUGCCUCAGGGCUCAAUCACAAACAUACUGGCUUUGUGGAUCUUUUAUUUGUACCCAUGUGUGUCUACUGUCCCAUAAAUGGAUACGAGGAAAUCAACUGACCUCCCCCUGCAUUUCAUACAGUGAGGGAAGGGGUAGGGAAGGAAAUAAAUAAGUGAUUUUGA